AGAUGAGGUAUGAUAUUGUCAAUUUUAUAAGAAGAGGUAUGAAAAUGUUGUGACACCAAUAGUUGAGGUAAUUUUUUGUACUUUAUCCAAAAAUUAAAAGAAAUCUUAGCACUUGGCAGAAAGCCAUAUUUACAAAACAACUAUAAAAUUCAGGACCUAACCUGCAAUGCCUCCAAAAAAGGAGAAAUUUUUCUUUUUGCUCGUAACACAAGUGGUAUAUCACGUUUUAUUACAUAAGUGGUGAAAAAUUUUCUUUUUUAUGUUAAUAAUUUUUUAAUACAAAAAUUUCAUCACCAGUAUAAAAACACGUAUUACGGUUACAUUUACAAAUCUCUCCAAAUAAACGCUUCACCAAGUCUGCCAUAACUCUAUACAAAAAACCAGAGCAAUUACUUAUCCAAUAGGUUAUUGAAGAAGAUGAACUCUCAAAGCGUCAAACACAUAUCAGAGUGUUUUGUCAAUCCACACCAUGUCUCAGAGGAAUCACAGCAGCUAUUGUACUUGGCACCGACCGACCUCGUCAUGCUCUCUGUCCACUAUAUCCAGAAAGGCCUCCUCUUUGCCAAACCUCCGGAAGCCAUGGAUCGCCGCCACAAGGCCGAGUUCGUCAAUUCCCUUUUGGACAGGCUCAAGCACUCUCUCUCCCUCGCCCUUGUUCAUUUUUACCCGCUCGCCGGCCGCCUCGCGACGAAGAAAGAAGAAAACCCACCUCUGUAUUUGGUUUAUGUAGAUUGCAGCAACAGCCCCGGAGCCAGGUUCAUCUAUGCAACUCUGGAUGCGUCGGUUUCGAACAUUCUUUCACCAACUGACGUGCCCUUGGUGGUUCAGUCGUUUUUCGAUCACGACAGAGCUGUUAACCACGACGGCCACACGGCGUCAUUGCUGACGGUUCAGGUGACGGAGCUUGUGGACGGCAUAUUCAUAGGGCUGUCCAUGAAUCACUGCCUUGGUGAUGGGACUUCUUUCUGGCAUUUCUUCAACACUUGGUCCGAGCUCUUUCAGGCAAUAACACAAGGAGUGCAUGACAAUACCAUCGUCCCCGGAAUCUCCAGACCGCCUGUUCUCAAGCGGUGGUUUCCGGACGGUCACGGCCCAAUCAUCAGCCUCCCUUACACAAACCCAGAUGAGUUCAUCGGCAGAUUCGAAGCUCCCGAACUCAGAGAGAGAAUGUUCCACUUCUCCUCAGAAUCCAUAGCCAAACUCAAAGCAAAGGCCAACUCAGAGUCCAACGCCACCAAAAUCUCAUCUUUCCAGUCCCUCUCCGCCCUUCUAUGGCGGUCCAUCACCCGUGCACGGCGUCUUCCUUCGAAUCAGUCAACCAGAUGCGGGUUGGCUGCGAAUAGCAGAGCAAGACUAGACCCACCAUUGUCCGGAGACUACUUCGGGAACUCGAUUCACAGGAUCAUCUCAGAAGCCGUGGCGGCCGGUGAACUCCUCCAACACGGCCUCGGGUGGGCGGCGUGGAAGCUGCACGAGGCGGUGGUGAAGCUCGACGACAGGGAGAUACGAGGAUUCCUUGACGCCUGGCUGCAGUCACCGACGGUGUGCCUAAUCGGCCAGUUUUUCGACCCGUACAUGGUGAUGAUGGGCAGCUCGCCGAGGUUCAACAUGUACGGCAACGAAUUCGGAAUGGGAAAGGCGGUGGCGCUGCGGAGCGGGUACGCAACUAAAUUUGGCGGGAAUGUUUCAUCGUAUGAAGGAAGGGAAAGGGGAAGCAUAGACUUGGGGGUUUGUCUUCCUCCUGAUGCAAUGAGUGCUCUUGAAUGUGAUGAGGAGUUCAUGGAAUUUGCAUCUGUACCACAAUAUUACUGAUCAUGUGCCAGCACCAUUCGUUCCGCUCUGCAUUCCUUAAUUGGUUGUAGCUUUGUAUUACAACGCAUGGGGUUGAGCCGCUUGCAUAAGUUCGGACUUAUCACUGGUUAGUGUUAGACCAAGUCAAUCUUAUCCCAAACUAAGCUCCGCAACAAACUCUUCAUAGGAUAAGAUUGCUAGGUCAGGUUUCAGUUUUGAAUAAUUCAAAGAUAAGCUGUUGUGAUUUUGUAUUUUUGAAUUCAAAGUUCUCCAUGUAAAUAGGGUAUUCAAAACCCUACUUGUAAUCUGAAAGUAUUGUAUAAAUAGACUGCGACCCAUCAUUAUA